AUGGCAACUAUUCGGAAAGCAUGUCGCAACUGCACAUCCUCUAAACGCAAGUGCACCAUCCAAGUUCCGCAGUGCGACCGCUGCUCGAAGAAGGGACUUCAAUGUGUAUACGACCUUGAGCCUCUCAGCGCAUCGCCAGUCGAUAUGAAAAAAGACUUUAAAGCCGCUUCCAGUACAUUCGAUAGUGUGGAGGUCGGUUACUGCGUCAUUAAAACAUUGGCAUCUCUCCCUUCUGGUAACCCAGAAAUCUACAAACAUGAAGAGACAUUUAUAUUUGAUACAAUGCGUAUCGUUGUUCAAUCAGUUCACGAACUUUUGUGGAAAGGCAAACCCGCUCUGUUCAUCCAUCCGAGUUUACAUAUGCAUGGCAAUUAUAAUCAUUAUGCAGUAUUGGCUGAGAACCAAACUGGAGGUGUCAACCAUCCAGGUUUCAAACGUCUACUUAAAGUGGACAUUAAAGCGGCACCAAUACUAGAAGCUCUCACUGCGGUUCAAGCCCUUCUUAUCCACAUAACAUCAUCUCUAUUCAGCCUGGAUGCAUUGGAACAAGCAAAUGCUGAAAAGUUUACUGAUUUACUCUCUGUAUGGACUCAAGCCUUGUUGCUAGAAGCGCAACCCAAGCUACCUGCAGCUUUGUCUCCAUGGCAAACAUGGCUCUUUGGUGAAAGCGUUCGAAGGACCAUACUCAUGUCUCAUGCGGUGGCUUUGUUGUUUUUCAGCUUGAAGCAUGGAUUUUGCUCAAACUGCCUUUUCUUUGAGUCCCUCCCGCUUGACAGAAGGCUGGGUCUAUGGUUGGCCGAAUCGCCUCAGGCAUGGAUUGCUACUGCAGGAGCUAAGCUCGGCAAGGAAGUUGGGGAGCAGUUGAGCUCAUUGCACGUAUUUGCACAAAACCUCGACAUGAAAAGCCCAGACUUUUCUGGGGAUAUUUUUCUCGCUCUGAUUGCAAUUGGUCAUAAUGGGAGGCACAUGAAUCGAACCAAGGGGACUUAA